AUGCGACAACGGAAUAACAGGAAGAAGAGAGGAGAAGGGUUGUCUUUCAUUCUCCUCUGUUUUGCCUUCUCUGUCUCGUCUUCUUUAUUGUUCGCCGAAAUCCAAGCUUUCAACCACUGCAACUCAACAUGCCAGGAGUACAAGAGAUUCAAGAACCACAUUUGCUCGCAGACAGACAGGCCAUUCAUCAAUCAUCACCCAGGUUCAGGCGCUGGCAUUGGUGGCUUUUGGUGGCAGUAAAUAUUUUCUUUCUUAUUGUUGGUCAAACUACUGCUGUUCUUCUUGGGAGGUUCUACUAUGACCAAGGUGGAAAUAGUAAAUGGAUGGCAACGCUUGUCCAAACUGUAGCCUUUCCUAUACUCUUUAUCCCACUCUUCAUCCUCUCCUCUCAGGAAUCUUCGAUCACCCCCAAAACUACCAUCUCCUGUCGGCCUUCUGUUACCACUAUCAUCUUUGUCUAUGUCUCACUUGGGAUUCUUCUAGCUGGUGACAACAUGAUGUACUCGAUUGGGCUCUUAUACCUCUCUGCCUCAACUUAUUCCCUUAUAUGUGCAUCCCAAUUGGCAUUUAAUGCAGUCUUCGCCUUCUUCAUCAAUUCUCAAAAACUCACUGCUUUAAUACUCAAUUCUGUUGUUGUCCUUACCUUAUCUUCUGCCCUAAUUGGGUUUCAUUCUGAUUCCACAGAACCUGCUGGAGUCUCGAGAGGGAAGUAUGUAUUGAGCUUCUUGUGCACCCUUGGUGCAUCAGCCAUUUACUCCCUACAGCUUUCACUCAUGCAGCUUUCCUUCCAAAAGGUUUUAAAAAGUGAGACAUUUUCUGUGGUAUUGGAAAUGCAGAUCUACACUUCACUUGUUGCCACAUGUUGUUGCAUUGUAGGCCUCUUUGCCAGUGGUGAAUGGAGGGGCUUGAAAGGAGAGAUGGAUGGGUUUGGUAAGGGGAGAUUAUCUUAUGUUCUGACAUUAGUUUGGACAGCUGUGGCUUGGCAAGUGUCUUCUGUUGGUGUUGUGGGGUUGAUUUUUGUGGUAUCUUCACUUUUCUCCAAUGUAAUUAGUACCUUGGCUUUGGCUCUUGGUCCUAUUGCUGCUGUUUUAUUUUUCCAUGACAAGAUGGAUGGGGUGAAGGUGGUGGCAAUGUUGAUGGCUUUUUGGGGCUUUGCUUCUUAUUUGUAUCAGCAAUACCUUGACGAUUCUAAGCUGAAGGCAAAACAAAAUAAUGUUAAUGAAGUUCGUAAUGAGUCUACUUUAGAGAGGCAGAUCGUUUGAAUAAAUUUUGUAUCAAACAGAAAUGGAAAAGAUUGUUGGAAAUUAAUUAAUGGUUGAUAUAUUCUCCCUUUUUUUCCUCC